AUAAUCUCCUGCGUUAGGGGGGAGAGCGUUGCGACCACGUUUUAAAUUUUAUAUUAUCAACAAAAACAUGCGGUGAUUUCAUUCUCAGAUUACGCAGAUAACUCAAGUGUAUCGGUCGCGUUUCGCAAUCGGCUAAGUUUAGUUAAUUUAACGCCGGUAAAAUACAAAUAUUACAUAAUGAAUACAAGCGCAUGCAACUGUGAUGAGGGUCUACUGGUGGGCAUCGGGAACCCUUUGCUGGAUAUUUCAGCUUCAGUGGAUGAUGCCCUCCUCGCCAAGUAUGAUAUGAAGCCAGAUGAUGCCAUCAUGGCGGAGGAAAAACACAUGCCACUGUACAAAGAGCUUAUGGAAAAAUACAAAGCGGAGUUCAUAGCAGGCGGCAGUGUCCAGAAUACCCUCCGUGUUGCACAGUGGAUUCUCAAGAAGCCUGGUGUCUGCACUUACUUCGGCUGCGUCGGGAAUGACGAGUAUGCUAGGAUACUCGAGACAAGAGCUGUCGCAGAUGGCGUGACCGUAAAAUACCAGGUGACCGAAGAAGCGCCCACAGGCACGUGCGCAGUGCUCGUCACGGGCACGCAUCGUUCGCUCUGCGCGAACUUGGCCGCGGCUCAGAAGUUCACUCCGGUGCACCUCGCUAAGGAGGAGUGUCAAGCGAUCAUUAAGAAGGCGAAGUACUUUUAUACAUCAGGUUUCUUCGUAGCAGUCUCCCCCGAGUCCAUCCUUCAACUAGCGGAGCGCGCGCACUCUGGCGGGCACGCGUUCAUCAUGAACGUGAGCGCGCCGUUCGUCUCACAGUUCUACAAGGAGCCGCUAGAGAAGAUCCUGCCCUAUGUUGAUGUGCUCUUUGGCAAUGAGAGUGAAGCAGAAGCCUUCGCGACAGCGUUCGGCAUCAACGAAAAGGACCUCCAAGCGAUCGCCCUCAAAAUAUCAACCAUGCCCAAACUGAACCCCUCCCGGCCUCGCGUUGUCGUCAUCACGCAGGGCUGCGAGCCCGUCAUACUCGUCGAAAACGGUAAAGUGACCUUAGUACCUGUCAACAAACUGUCAAGAGAACAAAUCAUAGACACGAACGGGGCCGGCGAUGCUUUUGCGGGCGGGUUUUUAAGCCAAAUGGUUUUAGAGAAGGAUUACACGACUUGUGUUAAGUGUGGUGUGUACGCGGCUACCCAUGUGAUACAGCAGUCCGGAUGUACGUUGAGCGGCGUAAGCGACUUUAAAUCUAGCUAGAUAAGAGUUUUUGUGAUUUUAUGUAAGAUAGAUGGUUUACGAAUGCACCGAGAUACACAAACAGUUUUGAUGCUUCUGCCUCCCAUAUAUGGUCCGAACCGAAAUUAGGAUGUAAUUCUAAAAAUUCUAAUAAUCAGACGAUGUGGAAUGCGCAUUAUACGAAAAAAAAUACCCAUAUCGUCUGAAUUUUAAGAAUGUUUGAAGACUAGAUAAAAACCAUUUACUUCUUUUUUUUACAUUUACUGUUUUCUAUGUAAAUUUUGUUUGUUAUUUAACAGUUUAUUUUGUAAAUUAAGGGUAAUGUGUAAUUAAAUGCAAAUGGGCAUCGCAAUACAUAACCACUUAAUCUGUUUGCAAAUAUCACACAAAUAAUAAGCACUUAUCAGCCUCCUAGAUUACAUUAUAGAACUAUUAACAACUGUAAUAGAACUUUAAUUAAACCAAUAACACUGCUAAACCAUGUUAAAUAACAGUUUGUCUGCCUUAAUUUGUUGGGUUAUUGCCAACUGUUACCACAAAGUUGUUACUGGUGGUAACUAUUUUUUUUCUAGCAGCAUAAAUCGCAGUGAUGGCCACCAAAUUACUUUGGUGGUAACUAGUAACUACCGCCUUUUUUCCAGUUGUUACCACUGGCAAAUUACUGGUGGUAGUACUUGGCAUGGUGGCACACCAAAGACGUUCAAAAGGUUUUUUUUUUGCAUAACCAAUUACAGUUAUAGCAUUCUAGAAACAUUCUUAACAUAACAUAAAGUAAGUAUUGUGAAAUUAAAAUACCUUGGUUGUUGUAACUGUUAUAUUGUAUGAAUCGUACAGCUGUAUAAUAAAACCAAACUAAGUACUUAGUUAUGACUUGUUAUAACAAACCUUAGAAACAGAUUUAUCGAAUAUAAUGUAGAUCUGAUGUCAAUUACAUGUAUUAAAUGAGUGAUAUUAUGUUUUCUGUAAACUUAAGUACAUUGUUACAAAGAGCAAUAUAAUAUUAGUGUAUCACGAAGGUUGGAUUUAUUUAAGAAAUAAUGAAAUGUUACAAGUUCUCUUAACCUAAGUAAUAAAAGUCAAAACUAGUAAUAAAAUCUAGCAUCUGAGCAAUACUUAUAGUUACGAUAAAAUUUGUCUUAAACUUAUAUUUGUAUGGCCAUGUAAACUAACCUAAAAAUAUACUACCUUUGACACAUUACGAGUAUAUCUAAAGGCUUUUAUGAUAGUGUACAUAUUUCUAGAUCAAAUCUUCCUUUCUAUGGAAAACGGACCAAAUUAUCCAAUGUAAUUGUAAAAUGUAGUAAAUUUCUGCUUGUAUUUAUAAUGAGCUGGAGUAGUUUGUUUAUUCCUCUAUCGCACGAAUAUGGAAGAGCGAUAGAGAGGCAGAUAACGAAAUUCCGAUUUUCGUUUUUCUCAGUAGGCCCUUAAUACCAAGAGCACAGCAAAGUGGCUCCUGUGGUGUUGCUUAUGUCCAUGGGUGACGAUGACCGCUUCCCAUCAGGCGGCUCGUCUGCUCGUUUGCUGACUAUUACAUAAAAAAAAAGCACACCCUAAGCAGGAGCCCGCUGUGCCACAGUGACAUGUUAAUUUGCCAUCUAUAUUCUAAAUUACUUUCUCUUUUUAGCAGAUAGCUGCCUCCUGUUCUUGAGGACUUCUAGCACUGAGAGUAUUCAUUUUAAAAAUGAUUCUUAUCUCUAAAUUAAUAAUUAAUAGGAACAUACAACUUUUAGAAUUAAUAAAGGAACUGAAAAAGUUUUAAGGAACUUUUUUCUGGUAGAAAACUUUAAAAUAGCUAUAUUUGGCAAAGUAGACAACAGUAUAAAAAGGCAUGUUAAAACAUUAAUAUAAUCAAGUCAACAUAUAGUUCUAUAGCUUUUAUGCAUGGGCCAGCCAAGAUAUUUUUGGUAAAGAAUUAUGCUGUAACCACAGACAAAACAUCCUCCAGACUGAGCAUAGUCGCGCUACCCCCGCUGCCACGCAUACGGUAAUUUUACUCCAUGUUCGAGUCGAAAGUGUCUUUGUGUGACGUCCGUGAACUCGUUCGUCGUUUGAACGGACCAAUCACGGCACGAGACUUCGCUCACCUCGUCCCGCGCACCCUCGCAUUUUUAACAGCAUCAGUUGCAUGGAAUAAUUGCUCUAAACUCCGUCUAGAGGAUUCCUACUCUAUGGCUGUAACUCUAUAGUAAGCUAUUUAUGUAAAGCACAAAUGUUAACAAUUAUUAAUACUUAACUAAAUUCAAACUAUGCUUAGUUCAGACUUAGUUUUAAAUCAGUCUGUGUAAGAUCUCAGAUUUACACCAAUUACCAUUAGUCCAUUACAGAUGUAAUGCAUAAUUGUUUUCCAUCGUAUUUUCACGGAAACAUAUGAACAACUCUUGCUGUUUCUGUCUCGGUACAAAAAGUACUGAGGUUGACUGAAGUAUAUAGAAUGACAAAAAUGAAUGUUUCCGAGAAAAUACGAUGGAAAACAAUUAUGCACUACAGAUGUACAGUUAUUUAAUGGAAGGAAACAAAAGUACCUAUAUGAAAGACAAAGUUAACACUAUCAAAACAUUUCGGCAAGUAAUAGUUUCACUAUCUUGCAGUAACAUAAAAAAUUGUUGAUUAAAAUGUUAAGCUAAAACUACUACUAACACAACUAUCAUAUAGCUCCAUACAAAAGUAUUAGUUAAUAGUAUAACACAUUCUUAUGAAAAACUAAUAUCAGGAUUUUAGUAUUUUAUAUGAAACAGGUUCCAAUGACCCAGAAUCAUUGUUUAUCAAUAAAAACUAUAUCAUAGCGGACAAUAUGCACCGUCCAGUCGGGGGCAUUCUUCUCCUCAUCCCCUAAUAAAGGCAUACACCUGUAAACUUCCACUAUAAUGAAGUCUUUUAUAUGGUUCAGCAUCUUUGUAAUCCCGCGUGUUACUCGGCCGGAGUAUAAAUCAGGAUUUAUCCUAAAAAUAACCUUUGGAACAUCGCUCAUAUUGAGAUCAUAUUUGUCUUUGAUUUUUAUACUGUUUAAUUUGGACUCUUUCCGCUUCUUGUUUCUUGUAGACCUGUAAAUACAGUGGUUUUACAUUUGUUGAUGAAAUACCAUGUUAUGAUUGUACUUAUGUUUGUAUUUGUUGUAGAAUAAAGGAUUUUUCUAAU